GCGGCAAGCUUGUCUUUGGAGGAGCGCAGGGACGUGCUCUCUUCGACGGCAAACCGGCUCGACUUUGAGUCUGUUUCGAAUGCCUUGCAGGUGCUAUGGGAUGAGCAGUUGUCUGGUGCGCGGCGCCCGGCGGCAGGACCUGUCCUUCAGAGCGGCCCUCAGGUGUACCACAUGGAGGAGCAGGGCGGCUACGAGGCACAGUGGGCUGAACAAGGCCCGUGGGACGAGAGCGAAUGGUACGACGAUGGAGAUGAGCAGUGGCAGCUCUAUGGAGAAGCUGAGGAACCGUGGCAAGACGAGUGGACCGCGGGUCCAUCCGAGCCGGAUCCCAAUGCCUACACGGCGGCGGAGCUUGAUGACAAUCAGGUUCGUGAGGCCCUUCAAGCAGAACGGGCCGCGGAGGCCAUGGCGGCCGAGGCGGCGAUGACUUGGAAGCGUGCACAGCAGGCAACCGCUGCAGUGAGGAAGGAUCGUGGAUUCGGCGCCAAGGGUUCGGCGUUCAGAGCGGCUAUGUCUUCAGAUCAGUGCCACAAGUGUGGCUCCUACGGUCACUUCGCCCGUGACUGCAAGGGAGCUGGCAAAGGACGCCCCAAGGGUGCAAUGGCUGCGGACUACUAUGAGUACGAGCCGCCCGGCUAUGAUGCGAUCUACUUUGUGGGCGGCAAAGGAAAGAAGAAGGGCAAGUCCAAGAGCCACUUCGGCAUGAACAAAGGACCGGUCAUCAAGGGUAAAGGAGGCAAGCAUCCCCGUACCUUCCCAGGAGUGAACGCAUAUGGCUUGGAGAUGCUUGGUUCUGAGGGGGCCACCGGGCACGAGUGUCAAGUGUCCUCGGAGAAGGACGCUAUUCCUCCGACUUCAGGCCUUCUGGACUGCGGUGCUACCGCAUCAGCAGGGCCGGAGGCUAGUGUUCAGCGGCUCAUUGCAGCAGUCAUUGAGCAAGAUUCCCAGGCGGUGAUCACCAUCGACCAAUCCCGUCGGCCAUACUUUCGUUACGGGUCUGGGGCAUGGGGAACGGCACAGUUCCAUGUUACUUUGGCGUCGAGUGUGAGCGGUCAGCAGUUGAAGUUCGAAGUGUAUGCCCUUCCGAACCCGCCUGAAUAUGUGGAGUCCUGGUUUAG